GGUCUUAGAAAUAUUCAACCUUCUACGUCAAGUAAUUAUUUACUUUGCGAUACAUAUGCUACCUUCUUACCCUAUCGGAAAUAGUGUAGUUGUGCAUGGAUUUGAGUAUGUUCGACAGAAGAUUUUUAGGUCGACUUUUUUCUUAAAUGUAAAGAAUUGUCCGCGUAGCUAGCUCACUCAAAAGACGUGCAGUAAUUGGCACAUUAAAUAAAAGUAUGUUUAUGAAGGUGCAUACUUUGCAAAUUAUUCCGACAUUGCAACCUAAAGUAACUCGCUUACUUUGGAAAAAUACAUCUGCACGCACCAACUGAACAUUACUCCGCGACGCCUCGUGUGGAUCUUGUGUUAAGAACUUUACGAGGGGUGCUUGAAGGCAACACCCUGUCCUGCAAGCUAGUAUUAGCAAAGGAUGCAGUUAGCCGGUAGAAGACCACAGCAUCGGCGUUAGCUGUGCAUAAUGGCAUAAAACACUUGGCCGCUGAGUGUAUUACAUGAGACGACAGCAGAAAUCUCUCUGAAAUCAGAUAAAGAUGAGCCACUUUUGCUCUGACAACAACAACUUUCCAUAUGACAACAACAUGCUGGUAUUGGACAUGGUGCUGGGCUCUUUGUGGGGAGUGCCCCAGCCUAUAAACUGGGACAGUGUCUCCAAGCUAGUUCCAGGAUUCACUCCCAAGGAGUGUGCCCGUCGAUUUGAGGAGCUGAAGAGCAUGGGGAGGUUUCCUCAUGUGGAUAACCUAUAUAAUGCCCUAACGGAGGGAAGUAGCUCUCCUUCAGAUGGCCUAUCCAUGCUGUUGAACACGGGGGAGGUGGUGGAGACAGGAAGCAGCCAGAGCACCAGUAAAGUAACAGCAGGCUCCAAAUCAACCCCCUCUGCAAGGCUUGGUGCUGGGGAGAAGAAGGAGAAAAGAGCCUCAUCAGAGGAGGAUGAAAAGCCUCAGAAGCCACGAGAUCCCAACAUGGUCAUCCACGUGUGUGACGAGACCAAGAAUCUGAAGCAGGAUUUCACAUGUCCCAGAGAUCUUCUAAUUAAAGAGAUGCGUUACUUCGCUGAGUACUUGUCUGUUGAUCCCCAGAGAUGGGAAGAGGUAGACAUCUCCGUUCACUGUGACGUGCAGAUCUUCGACUGGCUCAUGAACUAUGUCAGGAGGAACUCUGCUGGAGAGGGAAACAAGGACAAACCCCGACUUGAGCCCAGCAAUGUGAUCUCAAUCCUGAUCUCCUCCGAAUUCUUGAAGAUGGAUACGUUAGUGGAGGAAUGUAUCCAGUACUGCCACAAACACAUGAGCGCCAUCAUAGCUACACCCUGCAACAUGAACUGCAUCAAUAGCAACCUGGCAACGCGCAUCGCAGAGCUGUUCAAUCACAAUGAGGCUGACGACAUCAGGGAUAAAAAAGACAAGUUCAAGAGCAAAUUGUUUCAGAAGAAAGUUGAGCGUCUUUUUGAUCCCUGCUACCUGAACCGAGAUUCACCAGGAAAUGCUUCUACUCUCUACAGGUGUGGUCUGUGCCUUAAGAUUCUCACCAAAGACACAGAGAGGAAGAUUUCUUGUGUUCCAGGGAAAAUCAACAUUGACACUCGAGGAGAGAUCAUCUAUACACACACUAGACAGAAGAGCUGGGAUAUUAAUGAAUACAUUGCUGGUCUGUAUGAGGAACUGAAGUCCUGGGUCUUGGUCUACUGGAGAAUCUGGGCUACGAUCAACUACCUGACCUGCUCCCGAUGCCAACAGGUGUUUGUAUGUGCAGAGCUGACCCAAUGCAGGUACCACCCAGACAGUGUGUUGUACCCCAGCCUGGGUGCUGAGAAGGGCUGGCUUGGUGCAGGGAUCUACUGCUGCUGCAGCCAGAGGGUUCUCCGCUUUGACCCCACUGGUAUGCCCAAGGGCUGUAAGAUGCGAGACCACAUAGUUAACGUACCUGACGAAGAGAACUGUGACGAGGCGACCUUAGCCCAGACCAGGGUCCUCAAUGACCUUCUGCUGCACAGAGAUGCAGUGUGUGUGUCGAGCACACCCUGUGCAGAUGGUGCUGAGGAGAGUCCCCCCAGUGCAGACAAGGCUCAGGACUGUGAUGUGUUCUUGGAGCCAACACUCCUCGGACCUCUGAGAGGAGACGGCAGCACUCAGUUUUCCCUCUUGAAAAACUGGAGUCUUCAACUGAGACAGCAGUCUCUCCUGUCAGAGGAUGAAGAGUACACCACGGGGUCAGAGGUCACUGAAGAUGAGGUGGGGGAUGAAGAGGAGCUGUCAAAGAAGCAAGCUGCUAAAAAGGCCAAGAAGGCCCACAGACCUCUGAAGAAACAAAUGUCCUCCCCCAGCUUUCACCGCAAAGACAAACCAGAGAAAACCAGGGAUAACACACCUUUCACAGUGAGUGUCCUGAAAAGUAAGUGGGACAGCUCACGAUCGAUGCGCUACAACCAAGACGCUCAGAGGGAAGAAGACCAGCGACGCAUGGUGGAGAUUAUCAGCUACCUGACUAAGAUGAGGUUUGGAGACCAGGAACAGAGCAACUCUAAGGAGACUAAAGAGCCUGCAGGAGGAAUCUACUCCAGACUAGAAGCACAAUUUAAGAGUGUCUCUCAAGCCAGACAGAAUUCAGAGAAAACACCCAGGUCUAAAGUCCGAUAUGCUCAGAUCCGCACAACAUAAGGGAGCUGAUGGGGAAAAAGGCCACCGAACAUAAAAACUGAUCAUUCGUCAAGAGAACAAAGAGGAAGCCCCUCUAGCACAGCCUCCACCUAUAGUUUAGCUGUUGACUCUCUUCCCCACCCCGUUAGUUUUGCCCCCCCCUACCAGGUGACCACAUGUGGAUCACCACUAACUGCAUCCUCUGUCACUCAGCUAGUUGUUUAUUUGUGCUGCCGUGGUUGGUCCUUGGAAAAACAAGGUGGACUCUGAAGCCAGCUGAGCUCUGACAAAAAGCAUUGCAACUGAUCUCAGUGGGGGUUUAUGCCAAGGGCAGUUUAAGAAAUGCUCAUUUAGGUGGGUUAAUUCUUUUCAGACUGGAGAUCUGUAUUGUUUGGAUCCUGUAUUCUCCACUAAUUUCACUAACUCUCAUCAUCUUCUGUGGUGAAACCAGAGUCUGUUCUGCUAAGAGAUCUAGUUCUGCCAAUAAUAAAACUUGUAUGAUGGUGACCUCAGACUAGACCUUUGUUUUGGCAUCUUCUGUCUGCUUGUUCCCCACUGGGUGGCAGUAGAUCCCCUUGAAGGAGCAUACUGGACCCUCAGAAGUCAACUUUGCCCUAGUUUGACCACAACCUGUCAUCACUGCUCCAACUAACAGCCUGGUGAUACUGGGGAAUAGAGUAAAAGAAGCUGUGAUUUUCCAUAAUUCUAAUUGUGUCUAAAAGGAACUAGAGCAGUUUGUAGAAAUAGCGCGAAAGUCCUGGACAGGUGGCUGGCUUGUGUCACUGGGCAGAGAGUUUGACAUCAGCUGUUGGGUGGGCUAAUGGGGUGCUUCCUGUCUAACUUACUCACAGGGUUAUUAAUAACCCUGCCUACCCACAGCGAAGACACAUAGCAGGCAUAAAGCGAGCAGGCUUUUUU